UUUUCUCUCUCUUCCUAAAAGUUCAAACCUCACUCUCUCUCUCUACUCUUUCUCUCUCUACUUCUUGUUCUUCUACUUCCUUCACUUCCUUCUCACAUUUGCUUCCACUGCAAAUCCCACUUUCUUUCCUACUGUAAAUGUGUAGGUGGGUAGAUGAUGAUGAUGAAGUAUCAGAAUCAGUUUAACGGUGUAGAGGGUUUGGAGCAGAGGAGGAGAGAGAGUAUGGUGGGUCCCAGAUCAAAUGGAAUUCGUUCAUUUUCCGGCGCAAAUGGUCGCCGGGAAUCUUUUCCGGCGAGUGCACCGCCAAGUGCACCCGGUAGCAAUGCGGGUUCGGAUGUUGGUGUUCUUGAAUUUGCUAAGGAAGAUGUUGAGCUCUUGUUGAAUGAAAGGAUGAGAACUAAGAACAAGUUUAAUUAUAAGGAAAGAUGUGAACAAAUGAUGGAUUACAUAAGAAGACUUCGGCUUUGUAUUAGAUGGUUUCAAGAGCUUGAAGGAGGGUACCUCUUAGAACAAGAUAAUCUCCGCGAAUUAUUGCAAGCAGCGGAGAGAAAAUGCUCGGAUAUGGAGAUGCUGAUGCAAAACAAGGAGGAAGAAUUGAAUGCGAUUAUCAUGGAGUUAAGAAAGAACUACAACUUGUUGCAAGAUAAAUGUGCAAAAGAAGAAUCAGAUAAGUUGGUUGUGAUGGAUGACUUGUCAAGGGAAAAAGAGGCCAGGAUAGCUGCAGAAAGAUUGCAAACUUCUUUGUCCGAAGACCUUGAAAAAGCUCGCCAAGAGCAGCAGACUUCCAGUCAAAAGAUAUCUUCACUUAACGACAUGUACAAGAGAUUACAGGAUUACAACACCAGUUUGCAGCAGUACAAUAGCAAACUGCAAACUGAACUUUCUACAGCGAAUGAGACCUUGAAACGUGUUGAGAGCGAGAAGGCUGCCGUUGCUGAAAACCUUAGCACCUUGAGGGGACAAUACACUUCAUUGCAGGAUCAGUUGACUCUAUCCAAGUCAUCUCAAGAAGAGGCUGUCAAGCAAAAGGAGGCCUUAAUUAAUGAAGUGGGAUGUCUUAGGACAGAGCUACAGCAGGCUAGAGAUGAUCGUGAUCGCCAGUUGUCACAAGUACAGACUUUGGCAGAUGAAAUAGCCAAGUACAAAGAUUUCACAGGAAGAUCCGUAUCCGAGCUGGAUUGCCUCACAGUGAAAUCAAAUGAAUUGGAGCAGGCUAAGUGUUCAACGCAGAAUGAACUAGUUCAGACCUUACAAAAUCAGUUGGCAGCUGCACACAAGAAAUUGCAGAUGAGCGAUUUAUCUGCUACGGAGACCAGAAUGCAAUUUGAAGAGCAAAAUAUGGUAAUUUGUGAUUUGCGGAACCGUUUGGCAGAUGCAGAAGUGAAACUUGUCGAGGGGGAGAAACUGCGUAAAAAGUUGCACAACACCAUAUUGGAACUGAAGGGGAAUAUACGUGUUUUCUGUAGAGUACGACCUAUAUUACCCGAUGAAAGUUCUACUGCAGAUACUAAAGUCAUUGCUUUCCCCACAUCUACAGAAACCAUGGGACGGGGAGUUGACUUGUUGCAGAAUGGUCAAAAGCAUUCAUUUACAUUUGACAAGGUGUUUACGCCCGAUGCUCCUCAACAAGAUGUAUUUGUGGAGAUCUCACAGCUUGUUCAGAGUGCACUCGAUGGCUAUAAGGUCUGCAUUUUUGCCUAUGGUCAAACUGGCUCUGGUAAAACAUAUACCAUGAUGGGCAGUCCUGGAAACCCCGAGAAGAAGGGAUUGAUUCCUCGCUCAUUAGAGCAGAUUUUUGCAACAAGGCAGUCUCUUAAAUCACAAGGCUGGAAAUAUGAACUGCAGGUGUCUAUGUUGGAGAUCUAUAACGAGACUAUCCGUGAUUUAUUAUCUACAAGUAAAUCAAGCUCAAUAGAGAAUGGCACUGCUGGAAAACACUACACUAUCAAACAUGAUGCAAAUGGUAACACACAUGUCUCUGAUCUUACCGUUGUUGAUGUUCGUAGUUCUAAAGAGGUCGCGUAUCUGUUGGAGAAGGCUGCUAUAAGCAGGUCAGUGGGGAAGACCCUUAUGAAUGAGCAAUCAUCACGUAGUCACUUCGUUUUCACUAUGCGUAUAUCUGGUGUCAAUGAGAGCACUGAGCAACAAGUACAAGGUGUGCUAAACUUGAUCGACCUUGCCGGAAGUGAACGUCUUUCAAAGAGUGGGUCUACAGGAGAUCGAUUAAAGGAAACCCAGGCGAUUAAUAAAAGCUUAUCCUCUCUAAGCGAUGUCAUAUUUGCUCUGGCAAAAAGGGAAGACCAUGUACCAUUUAGAAAUUCGAAAUUGACGUAUCUCCUGCAGCCUUGCCUUGGUGGGGACUCCAAGACCUUGAUGUUUGCUAACAUAUCUCCUGAAUCCUCAUCACUGAGCGAGUCAUUAUGUUCGCUCCGGUUUGCGGCCCGAGUCAACGCUUGUGAGAUUGGUAUCCCCCGGCGCCAGACCAAUGUGCGAUCCUCUGAAUCUCGUCUAAGCUAUGGCUAAUCAUAUGUUGGAAGAUGAUCAGCUGUUUGUGAUAUACCAGGUUGUGUAUUUUAUAUUUUUCUUGGCUCAUCUAACCCACUUAAGCACAAAAUAAAGACUAAGACGAGCAAUGAAGAAAAAAGAAUGAUCGAUCGAUAAUUCUAACGUAGGAGAAGAAGGAUUUUGUAUAGUGAUUAAGUAACAAAAAUUCUGGAAAUGGUGAACUUGUAUUUUCUGGGAGUGGGGCUAUUUUUUGCUCAUUUGAAUUAUCCAGAGUUGUAUCAAUGAUCAAUACUUAACAUUACACUGAGGUUGAUUUUUUAACCUUUUCCCCUCACGUGUAUUUAUAAAUCUAAUUCUUCUGAAUCUAUUCACUUGA